CAUGACUAAAAUAAUAACCAACAGUAACUGAAGUAUGCUUCCUCCGACCAUAUAUGGCCAAACCCAACAUCAUUUCGUAUUUAGGACCAUGUCUUCUUUCCUUUUCAUGAAGUGAUGUGUUAUUGUGUAUUGUAUAUUUUCAGGUUUAUCUGCUGACAUUAGUUGUGAAACAUUAGCGGACUGUCCCAUAAGUAAUUCUAUAUGUUAUGAGAAUAAAUGUAUGUGUGAUGACCUCUCAUACUUGUCAAGCGAUGGAUCAACAUGUUAUUCAUACGCCACUGCGUACAGAGACCUUUGUCUUGAGCAGGAUCAGUGCACCAAGUUUCACAAGGAUUUGAUUUGCUCAGAUAACAACCAGUGCAUGUGUAAAGAAGGAUUUAGAUGGUACCUAGGAAACUGUAUUGCCGUUGCUGAUUUGGGAGAUAGUUGUUCGAAGGACAUAGAUUGUUUCAACGGAUAUGACCUUCUUGCCAUGUCGUGUAAAGACGGAAAGUGCACAUGCAGUGACGAGUAUUACCAAAGACCUGGAGGAGAUUGUAGGAAAAAGUUGAAAGAUGCCUGUGCCUUAGACAUUGAUUGUACUGUAAUUAAUGGUGAAGGUUAUACUUGCGGAGCUAAUGGUAAAUGCACUAAAACCGAAUCAGAAACAUACACAAACCAGACUGAAGAAGUCAUUCCUUCUUAUGAUGAAUUCAUCGGUGUCCUUAUGAACACAAGUUUAAAGUCAAACACUAAAGAUGGAUUUUGGAGUUGCACAACAAAUGAAGACUGUAAACAAUACUUAAAUUCUAAAUGUGAUACUGCAUCGGGAAUGUGCGUAUGUUCUGCAGGGUAUACAUUUCAUAAAAAUAAUUGUGUAUCAGGAAUGGAGAGUUGUGUAGAUAAUAGCUGUACUAUUGCUAACAGUUAUUGUUUUGAAGGCAUUUCAUGCAUUUGCAAACCAGGAUAUUUUCUGAGCAAAGGGACUUGUGUCCCUGAACUUGGUGUGAUGGAUUGUAAGGUAGAUGCAGACUGUCCUAUUAAACCUGCUUUAUGCCACACAGAUGGUAAAUGCUAUUGCAGAAAUAAUUUCUUUAGUACCGAUACUAACAGAGAAUGUGUUAAAAGUACACUACAAGCCACUAAUGUAUGCUACAGUAGUGACUGGUGCCGCGUAUAUGGUCCUUACUCGUACUGCGAUGCUAAGCCAAAAGGAGCUUGCAAGUGUUUGGACAAAGCACCAAUCAAUGAUGCAAAGUAUUGUACUCUGGAGAAAGAUGCUGAUAUUUCCAAUGUGUGUUUCACUGAUUCCGAUUGUGAAAUGGGUAAAACUUGCGUUAAUAGUGAGUGCAUUUGUGAUUCCGGUUAUAUUACUGUGGACGAUUCAUGCUUUCCCGUAAUUGGUGGAUCUUGCAAAUAUCAAAGCUGUCGAGUAGAUAAUUCUCAAUGUAUUGGUAAUGAGUGUAAAUGUAUAAACGAUUAUGUUGAACUGAAUUCUACACAAUGCUUAAAAGUUGCCGAUAAAUUACAUGAUGAGUGUGUGAUAGACACCCAGUGUCGAUUUACCUACAGUUCAUGUAUAGAUAACUCAUGUAUGUGUAAGGAUACACUGGAAAUAAACUCGGCCUGCUAUCUCAAUAAAACUUACCACAGUUACUGCAGGAAGGAGUACGAAUGUUCAGUAGUUUUAGGCAAAAAUUUUGUUUGCAGAAAUAGUGUAUGUGCGUGCCCUGUUGGAUACGUUUACAAGAAUAACGAUUGCGUCUCUUCAGCUACAACAUUCACUAUUUCCUCUGUCUUAGUAUUCAUAUUAGGAUAUUUAAUUGUUAUUUAAAGUAUGUCAUUGUGUUUUAUGUACUAUCCAUCCAUGUAAUAAAUUGUGAUAUUAAAUUAUUAAGAUUUGAUGGUUAA